UUUGCUUUACGAAUUUGCCCUUCGCUUGUGGCGCUCUCGACUCGAUAUGGUCGCUCCCAUGCGGAUAAGGCUUCCGUCGUCAUCUUCCUCUUCUUCGUCUCCUUCGAUUGUCGAAUGCUCUGAGAAAACUCGUGCCCCCUAUCGACCCCUCCGAGUUCUGGUCCUUCUUAUUCUCGCUCUGUUUCUGGAAGACCGGGAGAGAAAUGUCUGUUCUAGCGCCGAACCCUCACGUCCUCCUCCGAGAAGUCUGCCCCCGAGAGCAGCAGCACCACCAGCAGCAGCAGCAGGGGCUGAGCGGCGGCGUCGGCUCUCUGUCCCUGCACAGACCGCCCGGUCACUUUCCCUUCGGCGAUCGCGGGAGGAGCUCGGAUUGCCCGAGCAGGAUCGCGAGGCGGGGCGCGAGAGCGGGGGCCUUCUGGCCCGACUCCUCGAGCCACGCCGUCGCGGAGAUGGAGCCCAUCCAGGACAGCGAUCAGCUCGACCAGAUCCUCCAGCGCGCUCGCGAGCUCUCCCAACCCGUCCUUAUCGAUUGGAUGGCUGCUUGGUGUCGGAAAUGCAUUUAUUUGAAGCCCAAGCUUGAGAAGUUGGCGAUCGAGUACGAAAGCAAAAUCAGAUUCUAUUGUGUAGACGUCAACAAAGUUCCUCAGACCCUUGUGAAGCGUGGAAACAUCUCUAAAAUGCCGACUAUUCAGGUAUGGAAAGAUGGAGAGAUGAAAGAAGAAGUAAUUGGAGGACACAAAGCAUGGCUUGUCAUUGAAGAAGUUAGAGAAAUGAUCAAAAAGUACGUUUGAUCGUGCAAAUGGGACCUCUCUCUCUCUCUCUCUCUCUCUAUCUUUCUCUCUCUCUCUCUCAUGUGCAUCUCUGGUGCAGUAAAAGCAACAUUGUACAGUGAAAUCAGCUGUAAAGUUAGUUCGUUUAAGGUUAUUAUUUUCAAGUGAA